GGGGCACGCCGCCGGCACACCGCGAGCCUUUGCACACACAACAGCACGAGGCUGGCUGAAUGCUCUGGCGCUCCAGCUUUCUUCUUCGGGGCCGCUCUGCCCCUGAGACCUCACCUCCGCCCCGUGGCGAUGCCGGCGACGCAUCCGACGACGAGGCGACCCUCUCCGACACCCGGCCAAUCGACGCCUCAGAGCUGCAGCCGACCAUUGUUUUCGAUGACACGGGCGACUCCAUCCUCAUGUUGGGCACUGAUUCGUCCGGCCACCAGCCAGUCCAGGUAUCCAGGACCGCCAUGAUGCUCGCUAGCCCCGUUUGGAAGACGAUAUUCGAGCGCCACUGGAGCGACAACGGGACCGCCACCCUACCACUGCCCGACGACGAGCUCGAUGCCAUGCACAUUGCCCUCCGCAUCGCCCAUCUCCGCUUCCAUGAGCUGCCCAAGAAGAACGGCCUCACCAUCGAUGCUCUGCUCCACCUCUCCGUCGUGUGUGACAGGUACGACAUUGUCAAGCUCGUCCGCCCGUUCCUCGACCUCUACGGCUGGGCCCAGUGCCACUACCCUGAUAUCACGUCAGGAGAGAAGUGCCACCCUGCCUGGUUCUUUGUAGCAUGGACCUUUGGCUACAAGGAUAGCUUCCAGGGUCUCGCCAAGUACGUGGUCAAACGGACUGGAUUGGAUCAGCGUGGGAAUGCCAUGAUGGACAGUGGCCAAGCCUUUCCACUCCACAUGCCCCCAGCGCUUCUUGAGCGCAUAAUGGAAAUCCGGGAAAAGACGCUGACCGCCAUGCUUGAUGUGCUGUAUGAUAUCUUGGACGAUAUCACCCACGUCUAUGUGUGUCAAGUCGACGAAUCAUGCGAACCCAAGUGUCGGGCCAUGGUCCUAGGCUCCUUCAUCUCGUUCCUCCUAGAGAGCAACCUGUACCCCGUACGACGCACUGCAUCUGACACCUCAUUGAGUAUUCAACAGCUGUAUGACCAUGCCAGUUCCGCCGAGAUCCUCACGUUCGAAUCACACGACUAUGCAGAGAUGGCUGCCCACGUAAAGCGUACCAAUUGCGAUCCCCAAAGUGUCACUGCCGACACUUUCAAACAUCAUGGCGGUCUUACUCUUCACAGGAAAUGCUUUGGAGCCUUUCAUCUACGAUCCAAGUUGCGAGCCAUAUAUUCUGACAUUGGUUCUGCCGUGCUUGAAUCUCACAUACGACACAUGGACGAGCAAGCUGCCAAGUAGAGUCAUGUAAUACAGUCCACGACAACAAGUCCAACAUUGCAUUUCAGAAGCCGUUAGAGAAGAGUCAUUAAACGCCGAGGACAACCUUGUUUCCGUCAAGCCUACUCUAGCUCAUCCGAACGUCCCGCGAACCGUCGUCAGCGUGGUUAUGGGAUCAUCCCUGCAUCUUAGGCAAGCGCGGUAUUCUGGUCUCCAGGUGCCGAGGUACCAUUCCAGAUUUCGCCGUACUUACCGUCGUCUGUACACUCUGAUCUUGCACUCUAGGGCAUAUCUGACCAAACCCAGCCACGGCAGGAUCUCUGUGCUUGCGUACAAUGACGGCGUGAAGUUCGCGCUAUCGCACAUAACAACAACACCCCGCUCCUAGCAAGACUUGGUACUUGGCAACCGCUUC